AUGGAAUCGAUCUCUAUGAUGGGAAGCCCUAAGAGCCUUUGUGAAACUUUUUUGCCCAAUGGCAUAAAUGGUAUCAAAGAUGCAAGGAAGGUCACUGUAGGUGUAAUUGGAAGUGGGGAUUUUGCAAAAUCCUUAACCAUUCGACUUAUUAGAUGUGGCUAUCAUGUAGUCAUAGGAAGUAGAAAUCCUAAAUUUGCUUCUGAAUUUUUUCCUCAUGUGGUAGAUGUCACCCACCAUGAAGAUGCUCUAACAAAAACGAAUAUAAUAUUUGUUGCUAUACAUAGAGAACAUUACACCUCCCUGUGGGACCUGAGACAUCUGCUAGUGGGUAAAAUCCUGAUCGAUGUGAGCAAUAACAUGAGGGUAAACCAAUACCCAGAAUCCAAUGCUGAAUAUUUGGCUUCAUUAUUCCCGGAUUCCUUGGUUGUCAAAGGAUUUAAUGUUAUCUCAGCUUGGGCACUUCAGUUAGGACCUAAGGAUGCCAGCCGGCAGGUUUAUAUAUGCAGCAACAAUAUUCAAGCUCGACAACAGGUUAUUGAACUUGCCCGUCAGUUGAAUUUCAUUCCCAUUGACUUGGGAUCCUUAUCAUCAGCCAGGGAUAUUGAAAAUUUACCCCUACGAUUAUUUACUCUCUGGAGAGGGCCAGUAGUAGUAGCCAUAAGCUUGGCCACGUUUUUCUUCCUUUAUUCCUUUGUCAGGGAUGUGAUACAUCCCUAUGCAAGAAACCAGCAGAGUGACUUUUACAAGAUUCCUAUUGAAAUUGUGAACAAAACCUUGCCUAUAGUUGCUAUUACUUUGCUGUCCCUGGUGUACCUAGCAGGUCUCCUGGCAGCUGCUUAUCAGCUUUAUUACGGCACCAAGUAUAGGAGAUUUCCACCUUGGUUGGAGACCUGGUUACAGUGUAGAAAACAGCUCGGAUUACUAAGUUUUUUCUUCGCUGUGGUCCAUGUUGCCUACAGCCUCUGCUUACCAAUGAGGAGGUCAGAGAGAUACUUGUUUCUCAACAUGGCUUAUCAGCAGAUUCAUGCAAAUAUUGAAAACUCUUGGAAUGAGGAAGAAGUUUGGAGAAUUGAAAUGUAUAUCUCCUUUGGCAUAAUGAGCCUUGGCCUACUGUCCCUCCUGGCAGUCACUUCCAUCCCUUCAGUGAACAAUGCAUUAAACUGGAGAGAAUUCAGUUUUAUUCAGGAGCCACCACCUGCCCCCGCCUCUGGCUCCGCCCCUAGCAACGCGCAGGCUUGUGUUGACAACGAGCGGGCUGGCUGCGCCUAG